AAAUUGACCUUCCAUUGUUGAGGGAGAACCCUGAACACACAGAAACUGUUAAGAGCGUGAGUGUGUGUGCGAGUGACAAAUAGGAAAUGGGAAGGUCGCCGGCGACGACGAAAGAUGAUGCGCAAGCUCUAUUUCACUCUCUACGUUCUGCUUAUUCGGCCACUCCCACUAAUCUUAAGCUCAUAGAUCUGUACGUGGUGUUUGCUGUCUUCACCGCUCUGAUUCAGGUGGGUUACAUGGCGAUUGUUGGAUCCUUUCCGUUCAACUCUUUUCUCUCGGGUGUACUUUCUUGUGUAGGGACAGCCGUUCUUGCUGUUUGUCUCCGUAUCCAAGUAAACAAAGAAAACAAGGAAUUCAAGGAUUUACCUCCUGAGCGUGCUUUUGCGGAUUUUGUUCUGUGCAAUUUGGUGCUGCAUUUGGUGAUCAUGAACUUCCUUGGAUAACUCGUAUCCUUAGUCUACUACAUCAAAGUUAUAUAACUACAUUUUGAUAUUGAGGAUUGGCUGAAUGUUUCAAGGUUCUUCAUUUUU